AACACUCCUCCACCAACGUACUUUCAGGGUGCACACAUACCAUUGGCGCCUUGUCAUGCGAAUCGCGCUAUUCACAUUAUGAUCCUUGGAAAGUUGCGGCGGCUGUAUUCGCCAGAUAUACUCGACACCCGCUUCAUCGUUCCGGCCAACGCACCCCCGAAGGAGGCUCUCGAGCUUGCGGAACUCGACCCUGCACCGCCGUUACCAGCCCAUAAUGGACAGGCCAAAAGCAAAGGGGUUGAUCAUGAUGCAGAGCCGUCGCGGUGGGGUACACUCGAAUUCAACACCUAUGUUGUUCUCGUGGGCUUCAUCAUCAUGUUCAUGUGCAAGACUGUAAUGGAUGUAUCUAAAAAAUCACACCCGGCGUAUCAUGAAUAUGCGCAUAGAUUGUCCGAGGGUUGGAUACCUGGUCGCCAUGUGGACAAUUCAGACCAACAAUACAACAGCUUCCGUUCAAACCUUCCCUAUCUUUUCGUCAUUGUAUUAGUACAUCCUUUACUUCGAAAAGCUUAUGACGGUUUUUGGAGAGCCGACACUUAUACCAAUAUUGGGUCCUCUGCCGCAGGCGGCUUGACUAUGGGCUUGACGCCUUCUGCUGCUGCGGACGCCCGUUUGAAUCAGAGAAUGUCUUUUGAUGUUGUUUUUGGAGCCAUCUUCAUUACGGCCUUGCACGGUACUUCUAUCAUCAAGAUCCUGGCAAUCCUUCUUGUCAACUACAACAUCGCGAAGAAGCUGCCCAAGUCUUACAUCCCCGCGGCGACUUGGGUGUUUAAUGUCAGCAUUAUGUUUGCCAAUGACAUAUACAAAGGAUUCGUUUUUGGCGAUAUGCUUGGAUUCAUCCUUCCCUCUCACCGCGGUACUUUGGAGCAGCCUUGGAGGACUAAUGUCGCCUACACGCUAGACAUGUAUCGAGGUCUCAUUGCCCGAUGGGAAGUCUUGUUCAAUUUCACGGUUUUGCGACUCAUCAGCUUUAACCUGGAUUACUAUUGGAGCCUCAGUAGCAGCGACGGAAGCUCAUUAGAGAAACAGCUUGAUCCCUCGAACCUCUCUGAGCGUGAUCGAGUAGCCAUACCUGCAAAGGCAAGCGAUUUCAGUUUUCGAAACUACUUUGCCUACGCUGUGUACUCUCCACUGUAUCUGGCCGGGCCUAUUGUGACAUUCAACGACUACAUUUCUCAGCUUCGCUACAGACCCCACAGCAUUUCCUUGCAGAGAACCAAAAUGUACGCCCUCCGCUUUGUUGUCGUGCUUCUCACCAUGGAAGUUAUGAUUCACUACUGCUACAUGGUCGCCAUCUUCCAAGAACGUCCGAAAUGGUCUUUAUUCACACCAGCCGAGUUGAGCAUGCUUGGCUUUUUCAACUUGAAGCAUAUCUGGCUCAAACUUCUCAUUCCCUGGCGAUUUUUCCGUCUCUGGGCCCUUCUUGACGGUGUUGAUCCGCCAGAGAAUAUGGUGCGUUGUAUGAGCGACAACUACGCAGUGACCAACUUCUGGCGCGGCUGGCAUCGCAGUUUCAACAAAUGGAGUUUGCGCUAUUUGUUCAUCCCACUAGGAGGUAGCCACUCGUCGGGCUUUUGGGGUAAAGCUCGAACCACACUCAACUACUUGACCGUCUUCUCGUUCAUUGCCAUUUGGCACGACAUCAAACUUCGCCUGCUCAUGUGGGGCUGGCUUGUGACGCUCUUCGUUUUGCCCGAGUUCAUUGCUUCCAAAAUCUUCCCCGCGCGGAAGUGGAAGAAUAGCCCGAUGGCAUAUCGCUAUCUCUGCGGCGUGGGCGCGGUUGGCGAAAUCCUGAUGCUCAUGGCAGCGAAUCUUGUGGGGUUUGCUUUGGGGCUUGAUGGAUUGGCGGAUCUUGUUCAUGGGAUCAUGAGUAGUUGGUCAGGAUUGAGCUUUUUGCUGGUUUCAUGCGGAGCUUUGUUCGUAGGUGUUCAACUUAUGUUUGAGAAGAGGGAGUCGGAGAAGAGGAGGGGGAUCAGGACGCGGUGCUAG